GGGGGGGGGGGGGGGGGGGGGGGGGGGGGGGGGGGGGGAGUACCGUGGGAGCACCGUGGGAGCAUGCGCCCACGCCUGCGCGCGCCCUUCCCCCGCCCCCGGCCCGCUUUGGUCCGCGGUGGGUUUGCGCACAGGAGCGGGUGUUCCCUCCUACGUGAUGCGGAAAAGAAUCCGAGCAGGCCAAUCAAAGGGGGCGAGCGGGGAGGAGACCCGCCUCUCUUCCGCAGGCAGGCAGGUUCCAGGUGCCCCAUAAUCAAUUCGCCGGCAGCGGGGAGUGGCAACUGCGCGGGCGCGCGCCUCCCCUCCGCCGGGUCCCCCCGCCCCUUUCCCACGCCCGAACGGCCAAUCGUAGGCGGGGCACCCGACGCGCGCACUCGAGUCUUAACGGACGCGCUGGGCAGUUCGCUUAGCCCUUACCAUCGGCUGUGGCGCUCGCCAGAAAAGCACCUUUGAAUUUCAGCUGGAUUUACAUCUGCGUCUGCUGCAUCAAGAUUACCUCACUGGGAGAGGAAUAGCCUGACAUGUAGAUCCAUCUUCUCAGAAGACUUGUUUUCCAGAUAGAAAUCCAACACACAAGAGAAGCACAAACAGUCUCUUCCUAAGUGCAAAUGGGUUGUCCUCUCUCUCAGCGAAGACCAAGAUCCCUGUAAUUCAAAGUUCAGUUGAAGUCCUAACCUCUUUUAUGCAAGAUCUACAAAAUUGUGGCGAGGAGGAUUCUGAAAUUUGGAGAAAGUGUGAGGCUAAGUGGUUACAGCUCUUCAGUUUGGUGGAAGCACAGCGAGCACAGCAGAUCGUUGCACAGCAAGAACAGUUCAAUAACCAACUCAAACUUAUUGAGGAAGAGAUAAGAAAUUUAGUUAAGUUACAGAAGAGUAAAGCUCCAUGGCCUUCCAGUAGCAGACAUUCCCCUGACAAACUGACAAGCAAUUUUUCUACAUUAGAAAGUCAAAUGGGGUUGUGUUCUGAAAACUGUGAAAGAAAUGAGUACGUUGCCAACUAUUCUAAACUUAAAGAAACUGAAAUUCGGCCAAACACAUUUUCUUCACAUCAAGACACCAUUAUGGAUAAUAUUUCAAUGAAUAAUGGUGGAUAUAGUAAUUUUUUUAUCUCAGAACGAAAUCCUUACAAACCUAAAGACUCAAAAGAAUUCAAGGAGCACAAAGACAUUUCCAAAGGCAAACAUAUAAUCCCUAUGCCCCAGAAGGAUUCGUUUGUAAGCGAUAUCAAGAACAAGAGCCUAUGUAGCCAAGCUACAAAAGAGUAUGACUCAGCACUCAAAGAGGACGUUUCUAUUUUUCCUGGUGAAUAUGAACAUAAUUUUACCAGUGAAGAUAAGAUUUCUGAAGCACAUUGUGGAAAACCAAACAACAAAUCUUUAACAUCAUGGGCACAAAAAUUGAAACAAAAUCAGCCAAAGAGAGUACAUAUUGAAGAGGCAUUUAUCACAUCUCCUCAAGGAAGUGAACAAAGGAAAAAAUCAACAGUUGAGGAUUCUGACUUCAAUGCUGCUACAUAUCCUCAUACUUUUUACCUUAAUAAACCAAAUGAAAAUCCAAGUUCUUGGGUAUCUGAAGGAACAGGAAUGAAUUAUUGGAAACUACAAGAAAAGAAUAUAUAUGACUCUUUGCCUGAAUCUUUGGAAAAAUCAUUUUUGAAUAUCAACUCCACAAAAGUGUUACCAAACCAGCCUAAUUCUGCUAAUGAGAUGAAGCUGCCAUCACUAAAGGAUAUUUAUCAUACAAAUCAAAGGAAAAAUAAGCAGUUAUCUGAAUGGACUCUUGCAACUACUUCUAAUCCCAGUCACCCACCAGAGGUAUUGACUUUAGAUCCAGCCCUACACAGGAAGCAAAAUCAACAGAUUUCAGGGAUUCAAUCAAAUAACUUUCGAUGUAAUCUUGACAGAUUGUCCUUCUUGCCAGAGUCCCUGUUAGAACCUAGUACUUCUAGUCACUCUGACAUAGACUCGUUUUCCCAAAUAAGUAAUCUCACCUCUUCUCAGUUAGAUAGAUCUCCCAAAUAUCCUUCAAAUAUUAAAACUUUACCUAUAGACUCUUGGCAAAGUCAUGCACUCCAGAAUGAAAAUAGGAUCAGCUCUUCUUUUCCAUUAGCACAUACUGUUGCUAGUAAUGAAAUUUCAUUCAACACUGAAGAUGAAGAAAACAAUUCAACCACCGUCACUAAUUCCCGACUUGCAAGUGUAGACAACAUUUUGCCAGAUGGCAGUGUUUCAAUGUCUUGCAUGGAAGACCCAGUAGCAUUAUCCAAAAUGAGGCAGAACCUGAGGGAGAAGCAUGCUCGACAUGUAGCUGAUCUCCGGGCUUAUUAUGACUCAGAGAUACAUAACCUGAAGCAACAAUUAGAGAUAAAUGAAGCAUCUUCAUAUGGUGAUUUGAAGAAAACCAACCAGAGUCUUGCAGACAGAUGUGACCAAUUAGGUGGUGCUCUGAAUGAGGCCAAUGCUCAUAUGAAAAUACUGGAGAACAAAAAUAAUUUGCUGGAAUUGGAAGUGAGUGAUUUGAGAGAACACCUCAAUGCAUCCAGUAAUGCUUCCAAAAUUUUGCAGGAACGUAUUGAGGAAAUGCGAGCAAGUAAUAAAGAAAAAGAUAACACCAUCAGUCGACUCAAAUCCCGACUAAAGGAUCUAGAAGAAGCAUUUGAUAAAGCUUACAAACUCUCAGAUGAUAAAGAUGCUAGAAUAAAACAAGAAAACAAAAUGUUUCAAGCUCUUCUAGGAGAAUAUCAGUCCCUUGGAAAACAACAUGAAAGAGUAAAGGAUACAUUAAAUACAACUGAGAACAAAUUGCUUGAUGCAAAUACUCAGAUUUCUGAUUUGAAAAGAACAAUUUCAAAACUUGAAGCCCAGAUCAAGCAAGUAGAACAUGAAAAUAUGUCAAAACUCCGUAGUAAUACCAAAAAUCAAAUGCCAACAUCCCUUACCAGUAACACAGUAACAGCUUCCGAUGUUAGCAGGCGGAAGUGGUUGAUACCAGGAGCAGAAUAUUCCAUCUUUACCGGCCAGCCUUUAGACGGUCAAGAUAAUUUGGUCCAUAACCAGUUUGGGGAAUCCUACACUCUUAGGUACCAUACUCCUCCUGAAAAGGACUGUCCACUCAAUGACUCACCAAGUUUAAAAGAAAGGUCGGCUUCAGAUCCAUCAAGCAUCAAAAGUUACAAAAAUCAUGAAGAAGGAAAAAUACUUAAAAAUUGGGGCACACAAACAGAGAAUGAGGACAUAUCAAAUAAAACAUCAAGUCGCCGUCAAACUGUAGGAUUUGCUCCUGACACCACUUUCAGUAGAAAUCGGUCCCUAGAGAAAGGUUGUCAUCAGAGAUCAAGGAAAUAUCAUUGUUCAUCUUCACAGAGAUCAUCAUCUCUCCCACCUUCAAACCGAAAAUCAAAUACUUUAACUAAAAGAGAUAUUAUGCUAACACCAGUGAUGAUGGCAUACAGUCCAAAGCGAUCCCCUAAAGAGAAUUUCUCGCAAGGAUUUAGCCAUAUACGUAGCAAAGAUGAUAGUAAUUCAAAUCGUAGAUUUGAUAUACUUAUGGACGAUUUAGAUACAGUUCCUGUGUCAACAAUGCCGCUUAACAAGUCUAGGAAACAACUCCAGUUUCUCUCUGUAGAUGAUAUGGAAGAAAAUAAAAUGCUUGAAUGCAUUUCUACACCUGAUCACCAUGUUAAACAUAAUUGUUGCACUUCUGAACAAUCCAUGCCAAAUGGAAUGAAGAAAAUACCUUUGGCCUCAAGCUUGGAAAAGAAUAAGUCACCUUAUGAGCCCUGUAAAACCAAAUCAACAUCAACAUCUUAUAAUAAUGAUUUUGAAUAUUUGGCACAUGUGAGGACCCUCAGUGAAACUGAACAGCUUUUUGAUGAACUUACAAAAGAAAAGCAACAGAUAGAAGCAGCCCUGAGUCGAAUGCCCACUGCUGGAGGAAGAAUGACCUUGCAAACAAGAUUGAGCCAAGAGGCCCUUGAAGAUCGUUUGGAAAGGAUUAAUCGAGAAUUGGGUCCAAUUCGCAUGACACUGAAGAGAUUUCAUGUUUUGCACUCCUCUGCAAAUCUCUGAGAUUUGUAGCUAUUAAAUUUUGAGACAUUUUUCUUUGCACUAAUGUAUAAUUAUGCACUCAGAAAAUGCAAAUCACUUUAUAUUGUUUGUAAAUCCUCAACGGUAGUUUAAAAUCAUGCUAUUUACACUUAAUAUUUUAUACUUCAAGUAGCCAACAUAUAUUUUAAAGAUAUUUUUGUUAUGCUCAGGAAUCUCUUAAUUGUAUAUUUUACUAUUUAAAAAAGUCUUAUUUUUAAAUGGUGUAUGUCUCCAAUUUAUAAGGAUAAGGAAGUAUAAAUAGGGAAAGUUUUUGUUUUCUAAAAACAAAGUGUUAUCCUUUUAAAAUUAACUUUGCACACCAUUUUUUAUAGACAUAUUGUAAAUAUGAACUUUGGCAUUUUUUGGUAUAAGUAUUCAGCAGCACCAAGCUUUUUAUAGUGUCAGAACAAUUGAGGUUCAAUGCAAAAAAGAAUUUCAGUGUAACAUUGUGUUUAGGUUAAAAUUUUUGAUGCAAGUUCUAUUUCCAAUCCAGGUAUGAGAAAAUAAUCAGCUACUUAUCUGUUGGUAGAUUAGAAAAUUAAUAAGUAGUUUCAAAAAUGAAUAACAUAAGAAUAAUGAUCAUUUUCCCACUUUGAAAUGUAUUCUUUGUGAGGAAGUAAUGAGAGGGAUUUAAUUCUUUAUUUUGUUACAUAGCAGUGCUUGCAGAUUAUAAAGAUUAUUUAUGACAGAGGAGAAACUUGGGUCUUUGUAAAUAUCUUUGUAUUGACAUAGACUGUCCUUUGUUUUAGUGAUGUUCUUAGGAUUCCUUUGUUAAUGGAAGGCUUUCCUGGCUCCCUCUAUUCCAUUUGGAAAUGUGCUCUGCGUGUGUACCACACCUGAAAAUUUCUUGCCAUAGCUUGAAAGGGAUUAACAAAAUGAUUCUUACAGUGGUGAUUUUUUAAUCGGUCAGCUAUUAGUUAGCAGAGAGUGGUGGCAAGUAACAGUGUUAUAGGUGACCCUGCUUCCAUACAACAGGCUCUGGUCUCGACUGGGCCUUCACUCACAGCCAUCAUCCUCACUGCUUGGCAUAUGACAGGUCAAGUGUGUAGACAAAGCUUAGUGUCUUCCCAUCUGCUCUGAGAGAGGGCACCAACUGACUGGCAAAACCUGGCUGUCAGCAGUAGUAGCAGAUAAGUGAGAGCUAUUGCUGUUGGGGCAAUAAUCAGUUACGGCCUAAUGAUACCAUUAAACUCUGCACUUUCAUAAGCACCCAAGUUUCAAAAUUAAUUUAUAGUUCUACCGAAAAUUUUAGGUUUUAUAUUUUCUUUUGCCUUUUUUUCCCCUCAUGUAGUAAUUGACAACAAUAUAGAGUUCUAAGCUACUGUGGAGAAAUUCUGUCCUGGGAUUAGAGUGUACCUAUCUGUUGCCAUUUUUGUCUGUAUCAGUGGCUUUCUUUCACUACCCUUCCUUCCCCUUACCCCCAACAAGGUAUUUGGGAGAUACAAAUUGGAAAUCACUCCCUAUCAGUAGGGAUCGAGUGCCUUUAUUUUUGUGGGUGUUUUCUUUAUUCAGGGUUCUUUUACCUCAUAACAUGAGAUAAAGGAAAGAAAAAGAUCAUCUCAUCAUGUAAAAAUCUAGUGAAAGGAUUGGCCUUAUUAUUAUCUCCAAUCUAUAAUAUUUUAAAAAGAUUGAUUCUCUGUAAAUUAUAAAGCAUUCAUCUACCUUUUAAAGAAGAAAAUUAACAUACCAGAAGAUAAUUACGGUUUUUAUCUUGUCUAGUAUUUAUGUCCUAAGUAGCCAAUAUUGGAUUAUUCAAAAAAAAAAAAUGGUACUAAAAUUCUCCAGUAAAUAUACUUCACUACAUUUGUCUCCAGGAAAAGAAUAGUUUUGAAUAGUGUAACUGGUUAGAAGUAACAGUUUGUACUUGUUUUUAUGCAACAAAGAAAAAAAUAUAAGAAUAUCCACCUUUGGUGACUGAUUUUUUCAGUGUGACGGUUGCCUCCUAUAACAUAGAUCAAACCACAUCUAGAUAUUCUUAUAUAGUACCUCCAAAAAUGUAUCAGGGAGAGCUCUCCACACAACCCACAGGUGCUUUCCUCUUGAGUGUCUUCAUAUUCUGUAAUAUUGGCAAAGCAGGUGGGCUAACAUCUGUUAGCUCUAGCUCUUGCUACAUGACUUGACCAUGAUUGCAUUUCCUAUCACAAAUCUUUUUGAUGAAGUCUUAUGCUGCUCCUUGUGGAUAGUGUCUCGUUGUUAACAUAUUAAUGUCAGUGAUACAUCUAUUCAUUGCCUUUUGAGUAACUUGCAUUUUCUAAUUCAUGGGAUUAUAGAUUUAGAUCUGGAAGGGACCUUUAGGUCAGUUGUCCAAAGCUGGAAUUUUAUAGAUGAGGAAACAGAGGCCCAGAGAAGUUAAAUAGUUUGGCCAAGGUCACACAGGUAGUAAGUGAACCCAAGUCAGCUCUAUCCAAAUUUUCUUCUGUUUUCAGUUCUCUUUGAAAGACUUGAGAAUCAGUCCUUCUGUGAUCUGUCUUUUUAUCUGUGAGUGCCAAUUCUACUUCCUCAUGUAGCACGUUGGGAACAGUGAUGUUGGAAUACUAAUAUGGUGGUUCCAAUGUUAAUAGAAAAAAGAAAUUGUCAUAGAAAUUUUUAUAGGGUGUUUUUUUUUCCCAUUUCUUUUUUAUUCCUCCUGGUUUCAACUUAAAUGUUUUGAGGAUGAUCUGACUUAACUGGUUGUCAUGCCAUAGUAACUGCAAACUUUUUUUCCUCCAUUGCUUCUUGUUCAUAUAUGAAAUAUUAUGGUUCAUCUUCUUAUGUUCUCUGUAAACAGGUUUGCAGAGUUUAUGCUUUAAACUGCUAUUGCUAUCAAACAUGGCUGCCAUGUUUUUUCUGCUUGAUAAGGAGUUGCAUUUUGGCCUCUUUAUGAUUCCUGCUUUAUAGCAGCCAAAAUUCAUAGGAAAUAGUGAUACUCAUGUUGGUGUCUGUUUUAUUUAUUUCACAUUUUUUUUCUCUUGUUAGUAAUCUUUUUAAAUGUUGGAUUGGAAUUAUUUUAAUUGCACAUUAUAGCUUCUAUCUUUAUUCUUAUCUGUAAAACGGCACAGUGCUUGGCACAUAGUAACUGCUUAUACUUUAGCUAGUAUUAGCUCUUAUUAUUAUAGUUCAAAUUUCAUGUUGAUUCUCUAAUAAGUCAGUGGUCUUGCUGCACAGACAGCUGAUAUGGAAAUGUAGGCGUCAUUUCCUGCCUUUUUAAGAUAUAGUCAGUUUCAUUUUUGUGUGUGAUGUUUGGUUCUUGGCAUGUCCAGUGCCUUUCAACUCUCUGUUUUACUGAAGUAAUUAUUCCAUUAUACAAGGCUUCUUAAUUCUGUGCUAUAUUUUCCUAAGAAAUUUUUAUAAGCUUAGCCCAGUUGCCUGGCAAUGUAAUAAGUGCUUAUAGGUUAGCGAAUAUUAGCUAUUAUUAUAUUUUAAAUUUCAUGUUGAUUUCAAUCAAUGCUCUAAUAAGUCAGUAGUCUUAUUGCUGAGACAGCUGAUUUGGAAAUGAUUUCCACAUUUGUAACUAGUCAUUUCCUGUCUUUUUAAAGAUACAGUCAGUUUAAUUUUUGUGUAUCUGAUAUUUAGAACUUUAAUUUUUUGUGUAUCUGAUAUUUGGAACUUUCAUGUCCAGCGCCUUUCAACUUUCUCUCUUCCUUCCUGAAGAAAGUAUUCCAUUAUACAAGACUUCUUAGAGAGGUAGCUUUUGCUUCUUAAAUCCUGUGCUAUAGGUUCCUUUAGAUGUUUUGCUUUCUUCCCUUAUAAAGCAUACUUUUGCAUUGAAGUCAGCAAGUAUUAGACUAAAUGUCAGUCUGAUUUGGAAGUCUUAUCAAAGUCACUGUAGAACUUCUUUACCUCCUUAUUCCCUCUCCAACUACUAACACAUGAGUAUAGUUUUCUUCAUGAUGUUCUUUUUGCUUAUGUUCAUCAAGAAUACUACCCCAUAACCAAUGAAAUAACUCGUCUCUGAAUGUAGGAGAAAACCCAUCUCCUCUAUCUCCUUCUCCAAAAUGAGCUAACGUUUCAUUUUGGUGCAGCUGACCUCAAUUUGUGUCAAAUACCUACAAGAUUGGUUUCUUCCAAUAGUGCGUGGACUCUUUCAUUGGUCAGGAGUCUAAUAGAUUUUGUAUGAUAGUGGAUAGUGUAAAAUAGGUAAGGGUCUUUGUUAUGGUUGUUGGGGAUUUUUUUGGCACCACUCUACCACCAGCCCUGUAGCAGUGGUAAAAGUUUACACAAGAGUGAAAGCCAUUUUGUCUUUGUGAUUCAUGGGUUGCCAUGUCCACAGAGUUUAUCCCAUAAUUUCCAGAAUUUCUGUACUUCAAGCAGAGCCUGGAUGGGCACUUGGUCCAGAUAUUAUUAUAGUGGGGAUUUCCUUUCACACAUGGGUAGAUGACCACUAAAGUCAUUUCCAGCUUGAAAAUUCUGUGAUAUUUAGCUAGUUAGACAUAGUUAUGCAUUCCAUACUUGAAACUUUUCAGAGUAGUAGAACUUUUUUUUCCCUCAGGUAAAGGGUUUUGAGAACCCAGUGUUCUAUGCAUGCUAUGAUGAGGUGGGGAAAGAACUUUUGUGAAGAUCUUGUGUGUCUUGCAUAAAGGGGAAAACUAAAAAAACACUUUCCCUUGCAUAAAGGGGAAAACUAAAAAAAAACUUUCCCUAUCAAUUUUUUUCUUUGCUGUUUAACUCUGCAAGAAGUUAGAAUAACAGAUUUAGUAAAAGCUCUGCAUCCAAAUCCAGAGAGGCCCACUCUGGCCUCCUUAGCUUUCCAAUUCUCAGAAUUGUUUAUAAGUAGCUGACCUUUUGCCACCAGCUACUUUUUUAUGCAAAUAGGAAAAGUUCACAAAUUGUUGGUGCUAUGUAGAAAUCUGCCCCACCCUUAUCUGGUGUCCCUAGCAUGAACUUGCAAUGCAUUUUUUCCCUGUAAAAUAAUAGUACUCUUUAGUUCUACAAGACUUGUGGAUUGAUUGGAUAAUGUAACCAGUUAAUAAGAGAAAUGGGAUUCUGAAUUCUGAAUAACAAACUUUAAGAAAUCUAAUUGGUGGUUGAAGGCUUUAUAAGCUUUGCCUACACACACACACACACACACACACACACACACACACACACACCCUUAAGACCUUCACUUUGCUGCUUUGUGCCUGGCACAUAGUUGGUGCUUAAUAAAUGCCUGUUGAAUGAUUGAAAGUAACUAUAAAUAUCUUGAGUUCAGAUAUUAGGUAUACUACCUUGAUUCUUCCUGAAGUUGGUAAUUUUUAGCCAAUUUGAAAAAAAUAACAGAUGUAGGACAACUUUUCCAAAGAAUAUAGCCAAAAUAUUUUUCAAAAAUAAUUUUUUUAAACAAAUGCCAUCAAAAUACACUGCUGUGAAAAAUGUUAUGUAGGAAUAUACAAAGGAAAGCUUUUAUCCUUAAAACGAUGUUUCUAUCUAUCCUUUUAUGAGUAUUAGAAAGCUUUAAUAUCAGCACACUAAAAUUAUUAUUUUAAAAAUUAUGUAUAUAAUCUUGAGUUUAGAAAAGUAAGCUUUGCUAAAAGUUUUCAUUUUGAGUAAAAUUUGUUUAAAAUAUUUUGCCUUUUAAGUUCAUUAAAUGCAACAGGAAUAGAAGUCACUAAAUCUUUCUUUGCUGCAGGUCUUUUGAGAAGCUUUACAAAAAAUAAAAUGCAAAACUAUUUACUAUUUUGAGUGAAUGGGGAUUGUAGUCAGGCCUACCUAUCCAUUUGGGUGGUCACUGAUUAAUCAUACUAUAGAGAAGUUGCUAGAAAGAUUUCUACCUCUUCAUGACUAGUAGCCUAGCACAAUUGGAGAUUAAAAUGUAGAACUCCUAGUAUCUUCUAUUAGUAUUGCUCUUGAGUUUUGAGUUGAAUUUUUGUUGUUAUUGUUCGUUUACCAUUUGAUGUUUCACUCAAGUCUGAGGAAUCUAAUCACAAUUUUUGAAUUUAUUGAAUUAUAUCUGUUGUAAUCUUUUUUGGAUAAAAAGAAUUGUUUUAUUGUAAUCUCUUGACCUUUCUGGAUAAAAAGAAUUUUGUUUUCAUGUAAUUGCUUUCUUUUUUCAAGAUUGAAUAAUGUUGAGCUAUUUAUUGUUGGACACCAUCAGAUCUUCAAUCAAUCUGAACUGGUUCCUGUGACCUUAGCUGUACAGGGACAGAUCUCCACAGUAUUAGCAACCUGCACAUUUUUAUUCACUCUGCUUCUGGCCCUGGCAAGUUUUGUGCAGAAGGCCUAUCCAUCAUGUAACAGUUUCAUCAUAUUAGCAAAAUAGCACUGACAUGGCAAGCACUAGAAGUAUGAUUUAUGCUGGUGAUAUGGUGGUUAUUUUGGUGGUUCAGCUUCUGAGGUUGAUUUUCUGUUAGAUGGUAAGUUUUAUGGUAGGGGAACCACACUUUCCUUCUCCUCUACAUGAGCUUAGCUUUUAGAACAGUGCCUUACAUAUUGUAAAUACUAAAUAAAUAUUUUUAAAAUAGUAGAGCAUACUGCUUGCCUAUUUGGAAUACUAAUUGACAGUGACUAACCGCUAUAAAAUAGGUCUAUUUGCAUAGCCCUAGACAAUGCCUUGGAUAAAUUAGAAUUAACUUGUUUGAAUCCAACUAUUGCUAUAUUGUUGGUCAGAACAUGGGGUUUUUCUUUGAAUGAGCUAGAGAGCAAGAAGCUUGUUUUUUGCUAGUUAUACUUUUAGAUGGUUCCCUAUGCUCCCAGAAAACCCUGUCUGAUCCUAAUGUAACUUAUGGUGAGGACUGGAUAAGCCAUUUCCCUCUGUUACUUAUUUUAAAAAUUGAAUUUAGUUCACUAAAGGUUAUUCCAAUUCUAAUAAUGUCAUACAAGUUUAUCUUGGUUUGACUCUUGUAUGAUGAGAAUUAAAAAUGUAUUUUUUUUUUUUUUUUGCCCAAGACCAUAAAUGACAGAGACACAGCGUCUGGCCUCUGACACUUGAAUUAUUGAAUUGAUUCUUUAACUUAUGAGUUUAUUCCAAGUCCUUCUUAAACCUCUUCAUAGCCUAUAUCACUCCUUGGAAUAUUAUAACUUGGAAUACAUGCCCAUAUAUUUACUGCCUGCCUCAGAAAAUAGUCCUUUUAUUUUUUUGAAGAUAGUUUCUGAGUUUCAAGUGCCUCAUCAGUUCUGUAUUUCAGGAUUUGGUGAACAAGCCCAGAUUAACUGUAUUCAUAUGCUUCUAUGACUUUAUAAACACUGAUCCUGUAGCCUCUCAGCUGCUAUUGUUGCGGAGGUUGUUUUAUCCAAUUUUUUUAUUUUCUCCUUAAAUUGAAGUCUUUUGAUCAUCUGAACUAUUCUUUCCUGGACUUUUUCCCAUUUUGUUGUCUUUGGGGAGCAGGAGAAGAGGACAAAUUCAAUAUUCUUGGUUUGGUGCAUCUAGAUUUUGUACUGUUACUAGAGAUAAUAUAAUUGUUUGGCUUCUAAUAUGUUUCCUAAUGUUACUCUGUAUUUUCUCCUUUUAGACCAAGGCAGCUCAUUGUGUCACUGUAUUAAGCGAAUUCCUUCAUCUCUUUCCUGAUUUGUAACUCAUAACUCAAAGCCUAUCGCUUUAUGUUGUUAUAUAUUUUUUCUUAAAUAAAAUGCCUUACACUUGCCCACA